AUGUCUGAAAAUUCCAGUGACAGUGAUUCAUCUUGUGGCUGGACUGUCAUCAAUCAUGAGGGUUCUGACAUAGAGACGGUGACUUCAGAAAAUGGAAGCACAAAUGAUAACCAUGAGUUUGUUUCAGAAGAAUACAUUUCUUUGCAAGAAGAGGAGCAACCAAUUGAUUUGCAGGCUCAGUGCAACAGUGAUGGUGAGAUACCAGUGACAGACAAUACCCUCUCUGCUUUUGAGGAAACCCAGACAGUUCCAGAGGGAAAGAAAGAAAAAAUCCCUGAUGAUGGGUCCUGCAUUGGAACUAUUAGUGAUGAUUCUGACAUUGUUACACUUGAAGCUCCAAAACCAGAAGAAACUCAAAGUCAGGAGGAAGCUCCAGCUGAUGGUGAAGAAGCCCAAAGUGAGGAUUUUAAUAUGGGUUCCUCCUCUAGCAGUCAAUAUGCAUUUUCACAUAUAGAAACAGUUUUUUCAUCUCAGGCUAGCAAUGAUGAAUCAAGUAGUGAUGAAACUAGCAAUCAGUCCAGUCCCACCGUUCGGAAACGUCGGGCUAAGAAGAGGCUGAUCUCUAGCUCCGAGGCUGAGGGUGGGUCACCUGCUGAUCUGGAGUCUGAACCUCCCAGAGAAGAGCAGCACCAGCGCCAGUUCAGUAGUGGCCUUAACAGAUGCAUCAUACUAGCUUUGGUGAUUGCAAUCAGCAUGGGCUUUGGACACUUCUAUGGUAAACCUGAAG